ACUCACAAAAUCUCUUACUUCGAAAAAGACAAAUUUUUGCUUCUUGUUUCGAUCUAAUUUGGGUUUCAAGGAUUUAUUGGCUCUUAAGGGUUUGAUCAGAUUGGUUGGUUUGUUAACUUAAAACAAAUCUUUUCUUGAAUUGUGAAUGAGAUAUGGAGACUGAAGGUGGUACAGAGAACUCUAGUAGUAGUAGUAGUAGUAGUAGUAGCAAUCUUUUCUACGAAGCUCCUCUUGGAUACAUCAUUGAAGACGUUCGACCAAACGGUGGUAUUAAGAAAUUCAGAUCUGCUGCUUACUCAAACAUCACUCGCAAACCAUCCUGAAAUUGCUCAAUUCGUUUUCCUCCUAACCACUUCAUAACUGUGGUUGAUCAUCGUUCUUCUAGCUUGUGCGAUCUUUCCUAUUUCUUGUUAUCUUUCAAAUCUCAUUCUUCGACAGUAUAUUCUUCCUCUUUACAUUCGUGUUCUUGAAAAAUGGCAAUCUCUGCUAUCGGUUUCGAAGGAUUUGAGAAAAGGCUCGAAAUUUCAUUCUUUGAGCCUAGUGUCUUUCUUGAUCCUGAGGGAAAGGGUCUUCGUGCUCUUACUAAAUCUCAGUUAGAUGAGAUCUUGACUCCAGCUGAGUGCACGAUUGUUUCAUCGCUUUCAAACUCUUUAGUCGACUCUUACGUUCUCUCUGAGUCUAGUCUCUUUGUCUAUCCUUACAAGAUCAUCAUCAAAACAUGUGGGACUACAAAGCUUCUCUUUUCUAUCCCGCACAUCCUUAGGCUGGCUGAGUCUCUUUCUAUUACAGUCAAAUCUGUUCGCUACACUCGUGGUAGUUUUAUCUUCCCGGGAGCACAAUCUUACCCUCACCGUAGCUUCUCUGAGGAAGUUGCUUUACUUGAUGGCUAUUUUGGUAAGCUCAACGCAGGAAGCAAAGCUUUUGUGAUGGGAGGGUCAGAUAACAAUAACACUCAUGGAUGGCAUGUCUACUCUGCUUCCGCUGCUUAUGAAUCUGCUUUGGUUUGUGACAAACCUGUGUACACAUUGGAGAUGUGCAUGACUGGUCUAGACAAGAAGAAAGCUUUGGUGUUCUUAAAAAAAAAUUCAGUUUCAGCUUCUGAGAUGACUGUUACCUCAGGGAUUAGAAACAUCCUUACUGACUCUGAAAUCUGUGAUUUUGACUUUGAACCGUGCGGUUAUUCGAUGAAUUCAAUUGAAGAAGAUGCGGUUUCCACCAUCCACGUGACCCCGGGAGAUGGUUUUAGCUAUGCAAGCUUUGAAACAGUUGGGUAUGAUCUAAAAGCUUUGAACUUUAAGGAGUUGGUGGAUAGGGUUCUGGUUUGUUUUGGACCAAAAGAAUUCUCAUUAGCGGUGCAUGCUAAUCUUGGAACCGAGCUAGUGGCGAGUGAUUGUGUAGUUGAUACGAAGGGAUACUUGAGACAAGAGAGAGGACUAGAGGAGCUUGGACUUGGAGGUUCUGUUCUUUACCAGAAAUUUGUCAAGACUAUUGAACCUGGCUCACCAAAAUCUACUCUUGGGUUCUGUUGGAAAGAGGAAGAAGUUGUUAAAGAAGAAGAGUGAUCUAUGAUCAUCUAUCUCUGGCUUUGCAGCUUAUCUUUCUAAGGAUCUUUUGUAUUAUUUUUUUUGAAAUAAGAUAGAACAUGUUAUGCGUUCUGAUGAAAGCAGUUCUUGUCUAUGUUUGUGUGUUUUAAAGUUUGUAAUUGUUAUGUUCUCUGGUUGCUGCACCAGGAAGUUAAUAAGUUAAAUGCUUUGUUGUGUUUGAGCUUUGAAUA